GCAACAGGAAGGAAGGAAGCAGCAUGCCGGGGCUGUGCCACUGAGGAGCCCAAGCUGAGCUGCAGAGUUUGCAGGUCGUUAGUGCUGCACCACACUCCAAGCGAGGCAAUUGCUGUCGCCCAGGAAAGUCACCAUGGACAGUAACAUUGCUGGACACCGACUCAGUGUCAUAAAAAAUCCACCUGGAUGGGAAAUAGGAAUCUACAUUACUGGUGCGCUGGCUCUGCUGGGAAUAGCUGGAGUAAACCUGUGGAAGCUUUGGAAGUCUGGCAGCUAUCCUGCACCAUCUCCAUUCCCAAACUAUGACUACAGAUACCUAGAACAAAAGUAUGGGAUGACAUAUUCUCAGAUCAAGCAAAAGAGAGCUGCAAGCAACUUCCGAAAGGCAGGGGAAAGGACAUCCCCUGUGCGCAAACCUAGUCUGAAAAUGGAUGACACUUUUGAAAAUUUUAAUGAGUUAGGCACUCUGGAGCUGAUGAACAAAGAGCUUGAGUUGGCUCCCUAUGGACCCCUGAAAAAAUCGAUCUCCACUGACUCUCUCAGUUCCAUCUCCUCCAUUGGGAAUAACUUUGGCCAAGAGUUCACAGUGGGGCAAGUGGAGGUCAACAUGGAGUACAAUGUGAACUCCAAUACCUUGCAUGUCACGUUACUGCAGGGGAAAGAUCUCAUGGAGAAGGAAGAUGUCAACUUUGAAUCCUGCUUUGUGCGCAUCAGUUUGCUCCCAGAUGAACAAAUCGUUGGCAUUUCUAGGAUCCAAAGGAGCGCCUACUCCGUGUUCUUUGAUGAGAGGUUUUCAAUUCCCCUGGAUCCUUCUGCACUGGAAGAAAACAGCCUGAGAUUUUCUGUCUUUGGCAUCGAUGAGGAUGAGAGAAACAUCAGCACUGGUGUAGCUGAGCUGAAGUUGUCAGAUUUGGAUCUCUCUAUCCGGCCUUUCAAUGCCUGGCUGUAUCUGCAAGACAUGAACAAGGCAACUGAUUCAGUGGGUGAAAUCCUGCUUUCUCUUAGCUACCUACCAACAGCAGAGCGACUGACGGUAGUUGUGGUUAAAGCCAAAAAUCUUGUGUGGACCAAUGGCAAAAUGACAGCAGAUCCUUUCGUCAAAGUGUACUUGCUGCAGGACGGGCGGAAGAUCAGCAAGAAAAAGACUGCAAUGAAGAGAGAUGACACAAACCCAGUGUUUAAUGAGGCCAUGAUUUUUUCAGUGCCAGCAAUUGUCCUACAGGAACUGUCCCUCCGGGUGACUGUGGCAGAAUGUUGUGAUGAUGGGAGAGGCGAAAACAUUGGCCAUGUUGUCAUAGGUCCAGCUGCAGGAGGCAUGGGCAUCACGCAUUGGAAUCAGAUGUUGGCCACUUUGAGGAAGCCUGUGUCCAUGUGGCAUCCACUUCGACGAAGCUAAGGCCAUACUUGCACCUCACUGUGAAUAAUCCAGCAUGGUGCCGAAACUCUUCCAGCAGGUAGAUACUGUUGGCAAAUGAAAUUUAAGAACAAAAACUAUUUUUUCCAAAUAAUCUUCACAAAACGGAGUAGCAGCAGCAGCAGCAGCAACAACAACAACAAGAAAAAAAAGACCAGUUGCCAAAUGAAGACCGCACAAGCCUUGGGGAAGCUUCAGAACUAAAACCAUAAGGGCAGAAGCCACCUGAGUACAAAAGUAUGCCC